GGAUUUUUGGCAUGCAUUGGAAUCCUUGAGGAAGUUGGAUGGAGUUGGGCGAAUUUUGGCGUUUGUCAAAUGGGUGCAGAAUUGUUGGUCUUUGAUGGGCACAAUGGGGUACAGGCAGCAGCGUAUGCAAAGGACACCUUGCUGGAGAGCAUAUCGAACGCGAUCCCUGGCGGCAAGACGCGGGCAGAGUGGUUGGCUGCUCUCCCGAAAGCAAUGGUCAUUGGGUUCAUGAAGACAGAUUCUGAUAUUGCGAGGAAAGAUACGUGCUCAGGGACGACGGCGACGAUAGUCUUUGUGGAUGAGUGGACUGUGACAGUUGCAGCAGUUGGAGAUUCCCGGUGUGUUCUGGACACGGAGGCGGGAGGAGUGGUUGCAUUGACGGUUGAUCAUCGCCUGGAUGAGAACACGGACGAGUGCCUCGGGAAACUGAGCCGCGCGGGAGGUGAGGCGACUCCACCUCUCACUCCACCAGAUUUGGUCGCCUUGCUAGUGGCCUCCUACACAUCUGGGGAGAAUGCGGAUGUCGCAAGUCGUCGGUUCGCUUACGAGGAUUACGCUGUCCACUUGGUCUCACGGUUGGACCAGCCACUUCACGUGCAAGACUACACCGCAUGUUUCGUUUCAUCACCAUCGGCAACCGAUUCGGCAGCUUCGCCGACAACUUUCGUCGGGGAUUCGACGUCAUGGUCAAGACUUGAGAAACUCGACCCUUUGAAGUUUGCGGACUUCCAAUGGAUGCCCCGUCUCCCGACCGGUCGAUUGCCGAAACCGCAUUGCAACGCGCUCAGGGCACAAUUCAGGGAUUACUUGCACACUGCAGUACCAGCUCCGUUGAUGGACGUCGAAGUAGGGGUUGUUGACCUUCGCGACUACCUUGCAAAGAUCGACUGUGAGUUCAAGACAACGGUACGACAACAACGAUGCGCCAUUGUUGUAGAUACGCAUUCAGAUCGGAGAAGCGACCUGCAACGCUUUGAUCGAUUGCGAAACUACUUGCAACUAUAUGAGCCAGAUUUUCUGGUACGUGCUGGCCUGGGGCCACGCGUUCGAAGGAAGUCGCAGCCCACGCAAGUCACGUUAGCCGACGGUCACACUCACAAGUCAAUCGACCGGUGCAUUGAUUCCGUCCUCGUGUACUUCGCCCCGCAUGCAAGCGAGGUUGUGUCCUUCGACAUUCUUGACACCAAGUUCGACAUGAUUUUGGGCAUGUCUUGGCUGAAAAGCGAGGAUCACCCGGUGAACUUCUACCACCGCACCGUUCAAAUUCGGGAUUGGAACAGAGCACUAGUUUUCGUGCACGGUGUCUCCACCUCACCCCUCGAUCAGCUGUCACGUGGUGUCCGCCGCGAGUAUUCGAGCUUCCAUCACCCGAGACGACAUAGAGGAGAUGGAUGUGUGUUUUCUCCACAUCCUCCCCAUGACAUCCCAUCAACAGACACAUUGACUGACUCACGCAUCAGCGAGCUUCUAGACGCAUACGGUGACAUUUUCGAAGCCCCGCAUGGAGUAGUACCGGAUCAGCCAAUCCACCACGAGAUCAUAAUCGAGGCCGGGGCUGUACCUCCACGUGGUUGUAUCUACCGCAUGAGCGAGGAAGAUUUAAGUGUGCUACGGGCACAACUCGACGACCUUCUUAAGAAAGGUUGGAUUCGGCCUAGCUCUUCGCCAUACGACACUCCCCUUCUCUUCGUCCGGAAGAAGAACAAGGAUUUGCGGUUGUGCAUCGGUUAUCGCAAGUUCAACGUGCAAACCGUUAAGAACGCCGACCCUCUUUCGCGCAUCGACGACCUCCUUGAAUGGUUGGGCGGAGCAAAAUUUUUCUCCAAGCUUGACCUCAAAUCGCGAUAUCACCAACUUGAGAUCCGGCGGGAAAACCGCUACAAGACCGCGUUCAAGAUUUGAUAUGGGCAUUUCGAAUGGCUGGUCAUGCCUUUUGGCCUUAGGAAUGCCCGGGCCACAUUCCAAGCGGCUAUGACGACGGAG